CCCAAAACUCGCUGACAUAAGACCAAAAUUCUCACCUCGUACCGCCCUUUACUAUACACACGACGUCAUCCCCACACCCCGCAAUCGCCCCAAACUACCACCACCACCCUCCAACGAUGUAAUGAGUAAUCCAACCCCAGCGCUGACAACUAAAUAAACUCCAAUAUAACCCCAUCCACCUGCAUCAACCCCUCCCUCCUCCUCGUAUACAGCCAGCGCCAGCCCAAUUAUACCAAUAUAUAAACCACCAAACCACCCUCCGAUUCUCACAAUGCCACAACCCCCCCAACCACAACAAUCCCACCCCAUCAUCCCCAACCCCCUCUCCCACCACCACACCCCCGGCUCCAAAAUGGCACGCGAAGAAGACAUUAAAACCUACGGCUUCGCCGCCCUCCCCCGCUCCACCGCCGCCCUGCUUGCCAGCCGCGUGGACCCCAAGCAGCCCACCGAGUUGGGGGUUGAUGAUAUCCCGCUCCCCGAUUCUCCGCUGGCUGGGAAGGUGGUGGAGUAUGCGAGGAGGGAGUUGCCGGUGGAGACUUUUAAUCAUAGUAUGAGGGUGUUUUAUUACGGAAUCGCAAUAGCUCGCUUCUCCUUCCCCGAACUCCUAACCCCCAGCUGGAUCACGACCUAUCUCCUCACCUCCCUCCUCCACGAUAUCGGUACCACACCAAAAAACAUCACAUCCACGCUCCUUAGCUUCGAGUUCCACGGCGGACUGCUGGUGUUGGAUUUACUCAAAAAGGAAGGGGCGCCAACGGCGCAGGCGGAGAGCGUGGCGGAGGCGGUGAUACGGCAUCAGGAUUUGGGGGAGACGGGGUUUGUGACUAGUAUUACUGCUGUGAUUUUGUUGGCUACGAUUUUCGACAACGUAGGCAAGAACGCGGAACUCGUACACCCACAGACAAUAGUGAAUAUCACGAAUGCGUACCCCCGCAUGAAGUGGUCGCAGUGUUUCGCGCAUACGAUUGGGCAGGAGAUGGAGCUCAAGCCGUGGGCGCAUACGAGUCAUUUGGGGGAGAAGGAGUUUAAGGAGGGGGUGUUGGGGAAUACGUUGAUGGAGCCUUUUGAGUAGGCGAUUAGGGAGAAAGAUGGUGGGAAGGGAGGAAGAGUGUGUUGGCGAUUUCUUGUACACCAUGUCUCAGGAGGAGAGGGGGUUGUGCGAAACGGAGGUUGGGGGGUAUAGUUAAUAAGGUAAUACAAAGUCACAAGUCUUGCGAAACGGAGCAGCUUUGUUGAAGUAUAUAUUAAUCCCAAUUAUCAAAAUUCUACGACAACUGGUC